GUUGGAGUGGGGAUUCGGGAGCGCUGUAUCGUCUCACUCUCACGGGCGCGUUGCCUCGCCUUUUGUUUAAUCAAACUCGUGUAUUUAUCCUUCCCCCCCCAUUUUACGCGGAUACACGUUUGAAGGAAAAAAACGUUUAUGGUCCUGGCUGAAGAUUUCACGAUGUCUCGCACCGACGAGGUUCACCGCAUGACGGAAAAUGUCUAUAAGACUAUCAUGGAGCAGUUCAACCCCUGCUUACGGAACUUCGUUGCCAUGGGGAAGAACUAUGAGAAGGCCCUUGCCAAUGUGACAUUUGCUGCCAAAGGCUACUUUGAUGCUCUGGUCAGAAUGGGUGAACUGGCCAGUGAGAGUCAAGGAUCCAAAGACUUGGUAACAAGUCACGUGUCCUGGGAUGUGCUGUUCCAGAUGGCUGAAGUCCACCGACAGAUCCAAGUGCAGCUAGAGGAGAUGUUGAAAUCCUUCCACAACGAGCUCCUCUCCGAGCUGGAGAAGAAGGUGGACCUGGAUUCUCGUUAUCUGACUGCUGCCCUGAAGAAAUACCAGUUGGAACACAAGACCAAAGGGGAGAGUCUGGAGAAGUGCCAGGCUGAAUUGAAGAAGCUGCGCAGGAAGAGCCAGGGAAGCAAGAACCCCUCCAAGUACGGAGAGAAGGAGAUGCAGUUCGUGGAGACCAUCAGCAGCAAGCAGACUGAGCUGGACACCUUCAUCGCCGAGGGAUACAAGACAGCCUUGUCUGAGGAGCGCCGCAGGUACUGCUUCCUGGUGGACCGCCAGUGCGCCGUGGCCAAGAACAGCAGCGCCUACCAUGGCAAGGGUAAAGACCUUCUGACCCAGAAGAUCCCAGUGUGGCAACAGGCUUGCGCAGACCCCAACAAGCUGCCAGAGAGGGCCAUGCUCCUGGCCCAGCAGAUGGGCUCUGCAGGCCUUGGGGGCACUAGCCCCCUGCAUACUUCCAAAUCCAACUUGGUCAUCUCAGACCCUAUCCCCGGGGCCCAGCCUCUUCCUGUGCCCCCGGAGCUGGCUGUUUUCAUGGGCAGUGGCCUGGGACACCCAGCGAGGCUGAUGGGCCCCGAUGGUCUGUCCAUGGUAAAUGGGACAACAGGACCCCACGGGGAGGAGUAUUGGACGGAUGGAGGGACUAUAUCCGUGUCCCAAGUCAGGCCUUCAUCCCCUCAGACCCAGGCACAGGCCCAGUCUCAGGCUCAGCCCCAGAGACAGGUCAGCGAUGUCUACUCCAACACCCUUCCUGUCCGUAGGCCUGCUCCCGCCAAGAAUAAGAACCCCGUUGGAGAGACACGGACCCUGCCCAGGUCCAGUUCCAUGGCAGCGGGACUGGAAAAGAACGGGCGCGCUCGCGUCCAGGCUAUCUUCUCCCACGCUGCAGGUGACAACGGCACCCUGCUCAGUUUCUCUGAGGGAGAUGUAAUCACCCUGCUAGUGCCCGAGGCCCGAGAUGGCUGGCACUAUGGGGAGAAUGAGAAGAACAAGAUGCGUGGCUGGUUCCCAUUCUCCUACACGCGUGUGCUGCCUGAAAGCGACAGUGAGAAGCUCAAAGUGAACCUGCACCAUGGGAAAAGUAGCAGCACAGGGAACUUGUUGGAGAGUGAUGCAUCAGUGCCCAUACCUGACUAUGGCCUGACUGCCCGACUGCUGGCACAGAGCCUAGCACAGACCCGCCCACGCCCCUACAGCAUGGCAGGCUUUGGCACACAGCCUGCUAUUGAGGAUUAUGACGGCCGCUUUGCCACAAGUGACAGUCCUGAUGGCAAAUUGAUUUCGACUGUGUGAGAACAGACAUACAGACAGACACAGACAGCUCCGGAUAGCACAGGGGCCUCUUCCUCCCCAUCUUUCCCUCCUCUUAGCCUCCCUCCUGUCCACUUAUCUCCACCUCUCCUCCUCUGCCUCCACACACACCCCUUCUCCAAGUGGAAGAGGCCAGUUUCAUCCCUCCUUUCUGUCCUCUCUUCCUCCUCGGGUCCCUCCUUUCCUCCUUCCGUCCAUCCCGGGGGCUGCUGCUGCUGGUGUUGGUGUGGACAGUAGCGGUUGGUGGGUGGAGGAUUGCGUUGAGCGAGACAGCCAGAGCGGGGCCUACCUGCUCGGCAUGCAGCGAUAUGGACUCUGAAUACUCUAUCUCUGAUCACAGUCCACCAUCACGGACCGAUCUCUCAAGAGACUGCCUUUGCUACUGCUCGUCUUUCAUGCAUGUACAUGGUUGUGUCAUUUUGUCAAACUAAAGGACAUGUUCAUGUACUGUACAAGUGCCAAAAGACUUCAAUGUCAUUUUACUAAAUCCACUGGCUGAAUGGCCUUUUUAAGCACACGUGGGCCCAGUAUUAUCGAGUUCCCACACAACACACAUAUGCUAAAAAAAAUAAAUAAAAAGCUUUUUUCAAAGUAAGGCUGUGCAGCAGAAUACUAUGUUUCUGUUCUGAGAGAUCCCGUAGGUCGCGCUGUGCUUCCUGGUGUCAGUGCUAGACUUGAUUUUCUGUCCAGAGGGUGUGUGUCAUAUUUGCCUUACUUUGCUUCUUUUUCUUUCUUAUUAAACACGUACUUUAUGUGCAAUGAAGCAAAUUUUCCAGCUGAGCUUCAAGAAUAUACAAUAUAUAUGUACAUAUAUUUUUAUAUGUAUACAUAUAUAUACAUAUAUAUAUAUAUAGCUAUACAAAAUUGUCAGUCAACCAAAUUGCACUGUAUUACGAUCAUUGCAAAAAGGUUAAAAUCCUAUAUAUUUUCAAUUACAUUUUCGUCCCUUAGCCCCACAUUUCAUGCCAUUCUUGGCCGAGUUUACCGCCAGAAUGUCGUUAAAAAUAAAUAAGAAAUGCCUCACUCAAAUAACUUUCAGUUUGGUCUUUUAUUCUGAAGCUACAGUGAGUUUGGAAGGUCUUUUAUCUUCUGUCGAGUAUCCUCCUUAACAGCUGUGAAUUAGUUUUAAGGUUAAAUGACAACCACGGCUUUUGCGGCUCUGUGUUUAUUUAUGAUUGUAUUCCCUGAGUGGCUAUGUAGUUUUUGUUUUUUUUUGGUCUUUUUCUUUUUAAAAAGUAUUGUCCUUGUACAAAAAAACAAAAAUAUUUCCAGAAACAAUGAGAAACUACUGAUUAGUUGAAGUGUUUAUCUUAUGCAUGCUGUGGAGGGAAACAAGAAAAUGUGAUACUAAAAUUGACCUUGAAUGUAUGGUGACUUUUUACAAAGGUAUUCUAAAUAAAACAUAUCUAUAUAUAUUAAUAAACA